AUGAGUCAACCGAACGCCCCGUCCCAGCAAUCGACCGGCAACAGCUUCUUCUGCUGGUCGAAGCUUUCUGGCGAAAUCAAAAACUUGAUAUACAGCCACGCGCUCAAGGCCGACGUUACCCUACGCAUCAACAUGAUUCCCCAGCGCGAAGGCGGCCCGAGGCUGUACAUUGACAGCGACGAGCCCAAUCGCCUGGUCCCCAACCUGCUCCUUCUCAACAAGCAGACAUACAACGAGGCCGUGCCAAUCCUAUAUGGGGAGAACCAUUUCCGCUUCACCUGGGACCGAGCACUUCUGACGUGGCUGGCCCAACUCGAGCGGCAGCCGGAUCUGGGAUUCCUGGAAAGACUCGUGCUGAACCAGCAGCCCGCUAACCCUGCUGUACUCGACCACGCAUACGGUCCGCUGACCUUGGUGAGGAAGAUCACGUUUCAGCCGUGGUGCGCUGCCUGGCCUACGCAGUUUCGAACCCUGCAUCGCGCCAUGGCAAAGGCUACGAGGCUCGAAAGCUUCGAAGUUGUGCUCAAGAAGUAUUUGGAGCCUGCAACUGCCGCCGAAAGGCUACACUCGGUCGACACUGCACAGAAGUGGUUGAGGGAGCUGGGAAGCACUGCUGAAGCAAGGAAUGCCGCCAUCGACUGCAUCUUCACCCUCCCCUUCGAUAAGCAAGCGCUUGGAUCGGUCGUUCCGUGGGAGUCGUUGUGGGGUAUGCACUUCGUCGACUUUGUGCAGCAGGUAGCCGAGAGAGACCGAGCCGAGUUUCGUGAGAGGCUGAAGGCUCUUGUUGCCUCUGAUGUGGCGACACUGGGAUUGGUGGACACCUAG